AACAUGCUCUUUGAGGGCUUGGAGCUGGUGUCGGCGCUGGCCACCCUCGCCGCGUGCCUGGUGUCGGUGACGCUGCUGCUGGCCGUGUCGCAGCAGCUGUGGCAGCUGCGCUGGGCUGCCACCCGUGACAAGAGCUGCAAGCUGCCCAUCCCCAAGGGCUCCAUGGGCUUCCCGCUCAUCGGAGAGACCGGCCACUGGCUGCUACAGGGUUCGGGUUUCCAGUCGUCGCGGAGGGAGAAGUACGGGAACGUGUUCAAGACGCACUUGCUGGGGCGGCCGCUGAUCCGCGUGACGGGCGCGGAGAACGUGCGCAAGAUCCUCAUGGGCGAGCAUCACCUGGUGAGCACCGAGUGGCCGCGCAGCACCCGCAUGCUGCUUGGCCCGAACACGGUGGCCAACUCCAUCGGCGACAUCCACCGCAACAAGCGCAAGGUUUUCUCCAAGAUCUUUAGCCAUGAGGCUCUGGAGAGCUACCUGCCCAAGAUCCAACUGGUGAUCCAGGACACACUGCGCGCCUGGAGCAGCCGCCCCGAGGCCAUCAAUGUGUACCAGGAGGCCCAGAAGCUCACCUUCCGCAUGGCCAUCCGUGUGCUCCUGGGCUUCAGCAUCCCCGAAGAGGACCUUGGGCACCUCUUUGAGGUCUACCAGCAGUUUGUGGAGAACGUCUUUUCCCUGCCUGUCGACUUGCCCUUUAGUGGCUACCGGCGGGGCAUUCAGGCACGACAGAUCCUGCAGAAGGGCUUGGAAAAGGCGAUCCGGGAGAAGCUGCAGUGCACGCAGGGCAAGGACUACUCGGACGCACUGGACAUCCUCAUCGAGAGCAGCAAGGAGCAUGGGAAGGAGAUGACCAUGCAGGAGCUGAAGGACGGCACCCUGGAGCUGAUCUUUGCAGCCUAUGCCACCACUGCCAGUGCCAGCACGUCACUUAUCAUGCAGCUGCUGAAGCACCCGGCCGUGCUGGAGAAGCUUCGGGAGGAGCUGCGGACGCAGGGCAUCCUGCACAGUGGCGGCUGCCCCUGCGAGGGCACGCUGCGCCUCGACGUGCUCAGCGGACUGCACUACCUGGACUGCGUCAUCAAGGAGGUCAUGCGCCUUUUCACGCCCAUUUCCGGUGGCUACCGCACCGUGCUGCAGACCUUCGAGCUUGACGGUUUUCAGAUCCCCAAAGGAUGGAGUGUCAUGUACAGCAUCCGGGAUACCCACGACACGGCGCCCGUGUUCAAAGACGUGAACGUAUUUGACCCUGACCGCUUCGGUCAGGCUCGGAGUGAAGACAAGGAUGGCCGUUUCCAUUACCUCCCUUUCGGCGGCGGUGUCCGGACCUGCCUGGGCAAGCACCUGGCCAAGCUGUUCCUGAAGGUGCUGGCGGUGGAGCUGGCCAGCACAAGCCGCUUUGAGCUGGCCACUCGGACCUUCCCCCGCAUCACCUUGGUCCCUGUCCUGCACCCCGUGGACGGCCUCAGUGUCAAGUUCUUUGGCCUGGACUCCAACCAGAACAAGAUCCUGCCAGAGACGGAGGCCAUGCUGAGUGCCACAGUCUAAAGGAGCCUGGCCCACACCCCCGCCUCAGCCCAGCCAGGCCAUGGGCGGGAGGCGAUGGAAGGGUAGAAACCUGUGUGUGGGAGGGGCUGGAACCCGGGGAAGGGGGAAUGGCCCCCCUACUUCUCCCUCCCCUGGACCCCCUCCCUGGCAAACCCUACCCAAAAGGGCUCCAUCCUCUUGGAGGAUGGGCCCCUGGCUCCUGCUUCCCCCAGUCUCUCUCCAGCUCCCAUCAGCUUGGCUCCCGGGCUGGCAUGCCCAGGGGCUCCGCAUGCCCGUUACAGUGUUACGUGUCAGGCGGCUCAUGCUGCAGCGUUUGCUUGUGAUGUUCCCAGCUGGCCCCUCUCCUCCCAUUUCAUUUGGACCCUUUUAGUUUGAGGUCAAGUGGUUGACUUGGGAUGGGAGUAAGAGAAAGAGGUGGCCUCUUCAGCACCCCUCCCCCUCCUGCCUCUACUCAGACUGGGGCAUGUGCCCCUCUGGGUGUGCGCUGAGGGAUGGCGUCCUGGCAUAGAACUCCAGUCGCCCUUGGUACAGGCGGAGGCUGCAGCCAGCCUAGAGGGGUCCCACCUCUUUGCCAGUUUGAACAUUUGAAAUUACCUAUUGCUGCUACUUUUUCUCUCCUCUGACCUUGGGGCAAAGGAGCCCCAGGCUCUGUCCUCCCAGCAUCCUCCCUGGUGGCCCUGGGCAUGCACACAGCACUGACAUUCUCACCUUCCCACAAUGAGGCCUUGAGCCCACCCUACUCCCCUGUACACACACACCCAAGGCCUUUGGCUCAUAUUUAUUCACUGACAUAACCAAAUCUUGGCAUUACUGGGGACUGGAAAAAGCAUCUCCUCUGUCCCCUAACCUCCGUCCCGGCUGCUCCGGGGAAGGACUUCUGCAAAUGACUCCUUAGUUGCGGAUUGAGCAGCUCCCCCACGCUCCAGACCUUCUGUGGGUUCAAUUUCAGAGCUGGACUCUCGGGGUGAAAUCCAGCAUCUUUGCCUUUGUCUCCUGGUGGAGACAAGAAAAUGGCCCACUGCCUCCCGCCCUGCUCUGGCAAAAAUGUGGGGAUUUAGAAGCUGCCACCAUCUCCUGCACGGUCACUGUUCUCCCUGAUGCCCCCCACUCGGCUAGUGAGUAUGGGGAAGGAUACGGGUUCUUUCUUCUGAUGGGGAACAAGGGCCUCUGUUGUCCCUUCCUUAACCCUCACCCUUUGCCCUUGGAAAAGUGUCUAGGAAGUCCCUUCCCACCUCUAUGCCACUGUCCGCUUAGCCCAGCUCAGGGGUGUGGGGACUAGUCGAAAGCAAGGGGAGGUGUGUGCAGAAGGUAGCCCUUCCUCGAGCUGACCCAGGCCUCUGCCCUGUCUGGAGGCAGCUGCGGGGUGGGGGUGGGGUGCUGCUGCAGCUGCAGCAAGGAGGCUGGUAUGUGCGAUUUGUAGGAAGCGAUUUGCUUGAAAACUGGCCAGUCAGGGGGAAAAGGAGUAGCUUCUGCUACCAGCAUUUUGAGUGUUGACAAUUUGGGAUGCCUCCCAGGGCCGGUUUGGGGCCUUUGAAGAGUCUUCAGUGAUUUUGUCUGUUUUCAGAUUUGUCUUUGCUUUCCGUGUUUCUCUUUGGGCUUUCGAUGUUCUAAAAGAGGUGAAUCCUCUUUGCAAGAAAAUCAAAAACACACAGAAGGUGCAGGACGUUGAUCCCCCUAAUUGCCUCUCCCAAGCAGUGACCACUAUGACUGCUCAGUGGCCCCCUCUGAUGGUGCUGAGUGGGCAGAUGACACCCCAACUCUCUCCCCCACUCACAUUGACCUGCGGUAGGCUCUACAGGAAGGAACGGGCUUACCACACCCCACGACUGUCCUGUUACCCCCUGUUCUCAAGUUUCAUUUGGUUUUUACUUUUUCACUAUGAAAAAUCAGUGCAGAACAAAACUUAUUGGCAAAAAUUGACAUUUUAGAAAACUUAAUAAAAUCUCUCAAUCUCUUCACAUUCUGAAAAACAGGCAAAAAUGUGUAAAGACUUGUCAAAGCUUGCAAAAUAGCUGCAUGGUGCACCAGAAUUGGUCACCCACAAAAAAGCCCAGUGUCUGGAAGUUUCACGCGCCUCCAAGCUGACCCGGCCUGCCCCAAACCAAUCGGUCUUGACCGAAUAUCUAGGAAUGCAGUAAGUGCAGCUUCAGACAGGAAGCCCACCGGGCCUGGCCCUGGAGAGGGGUGGGGGGCCGGAGGGCUCUGGAAGGCCUCAGUGGCCUUCUGUUGGGGUGACCAGCCUGGGAGGGGCAGAGAAAAGGCUGAAGGGGGUUCCUGACAGGGCUAAAAGAAAGGUCAUUUGCCCCACUGGGUCUCAAAGGCAACAAGAAGAGAACUGAAGAAAGCUCUUGACUGGCUGACAGGAGGGUCCCAUGUUGAAAGUCAUCCGUCUCCUCUGUAUGUCCAUCCGUGUCUGUGUGUGUGUGUAGGUUUUAUAGACAUAGUGUUAGAUGGGUGAUGUUUCCGCACUUACCAUUCCUAACUAUUGUAACUUGACAUUAAAAAGACAAAACCCCACAAAACUCUUCCUGCCAUGGGCUUGCAGAUUGAAGCACUUUCGAUGUUGGGCGCUGGCGUUUGUGUUCUGGGCUCCAUCUGGACCCUGCCCGGAUCACUAUAAUAUUUUAUACACAAAACUUUUUUUUCAUAAAUGUUAUAAUUUUGUGUCUGUCUUUAUAAACUAUUAUAAGUACUAUUUUGUUAUAAUUCAAAAUAGAUAUUUAGUAUAAAGUUUUCGCUGUUAAAUAUUCGUUAUUUAGUAAAAUAUGAAUUUUUCUCUAUUGUAAACAUGGUUCAAAAUAUUAAUAUGUUUUUAUCACAGUUGUUUUAAUAUUGAAAAAGCACUUGUGUGUUUUGUUUUGAUAUGAAACUGGUGCCGUGUGAGUGUUUUUGCUGUCAUGUGGUCUUAAUCUGUAUAUAAUAUUCCAUGUUGCAUAUUAAAAAAUGGAUGUUGUGCAUUUUGUGAUUUUGAAAGUACUCAAUGUGGCUCUUUUAUAGGCUUCCAUAAUAAACUGUGGGGACUCA